AACCUGUUUAAAAACACUGUGUGGUCUCUCUCACUUUGCUUUCGGCUAUCAAAGAAGCUUAAUAAGCCACAAAAAGCACUUCUUCCCCCAUUCUUUAUCUUUUGCUUUUUCAAAGUAACUUUCGUUUUUGCGUUUAAAUAAAAAUAAAUAUGUAUAAUUGUAUAUACAUAUUCUUGGUGCUACGACGUCGUGUCUUUCCUCUCCUAUGUUAACUUCCUCAAAUCCCAAUCUGCUUUUUACCCAUUUUCAUCAUUCGAAGAAACCGUUUCCAGGAGCCAUGGGUCCCAUUGUUAUUCCAAUUCCCUCCAAACUUUCCCUUUUCUUGGAAGAAGUUUUGAACAAGUCUUUUAUGUGGGUUUCUUGUAAUUUAACUCGAGGUUCGGUGAAUUUGAUGUGGGUCUGUUAA